UCCUAAAACCCUUCUCUCUCCUCCAAAACUCAAAACACCGCCAGCGUCCCACUUCAGAAACUGCGGGAAUGCGAGAAUGAGAGCUCCCACUCUUGCUUCCAGGUUCACCAAUGGCUUGUUACUAAUGAACUGCAGAAGCUACGGUCGACCUGUUGCCUUCUUGCCGAACCCAGCAUCGUCGCCAGCGCGCCUCUUUGCAGCUUCUUUGCGUUCAAGAACUGUAAAGACCACAGCUUUCGGACGUGAUUUCUCUAAACCGGACGUUGCCCGCGCUUCUUCGCCUGAUUCAGUUAAUGGCUUGCAGGAGUAUAAUCGGUUAUUACCUUGCCCCUCACAUAGUAGUCCUCUAAGAGUCGAACACUUGGUUGUACCUGAAGAAAGAGAAGGACCUGCUUUAGAUUUUAUCUGUAAAGCUCUGGAUCUUCCUCCAUUGUUUGUUGCAGAUCUUAUCCACUUUGGAGCUGUACAUUAUGCACUUGUUUGCCCACAACCUCCACCAACUGCUACUCCAGAGCAGAUCAGAGUAUUUAAGGAAGUUACAAAGCCAUCGGUUUUGAGAAAGAGAGCAUCUAUCAAAGGGAAGACUGUAAGAGAAGCACAGAAGACACUCCGAAUAAGUGACCCUGGGCAGUUUGUUGAAGCAGGAACAUACUUGAGAGUUCAUGUUCACCCUAAGCGUUUUCCGAGGUGCUAUGAGAUUGAUUGGAAAUCAAGAAUCAUUGCUGUAGCUGAAUCCUAUGUAGUUUUGGACAAACCUGCCGGUACAUCUGUUGGAGGAACCACGGAUAACAUUGAAGAGACUUGUGCAACUUUUGCGACUCGUGCUUUAGGACUAGUAGAACCGCUUAAAACUACUCAUCAGAUUGAUAAUUGCUCAGAAGGAUGUGUUGUGUUAGCCAGGACAAAGGAGUACUGCUCGGUUUUUCAUGGUAAAAUCAGAGAAAAAAAGGUGAAGAAGCUUUAUCUUGCUCUUGCUGUUGCACCUAUGCCCCUUGGAAUAAUUACACACUACAUGCGCCCAGUCAACAUGGCUCCAAGACUUGUUUCUGAAGAGUUCACGAAAGGAUGGUAUCUCUGCCAACUUGAGGUCAUGGAAUGCAAGGAAGUUGCCUGGCCGGACUCUGUUGUUGAAGCUGAGUAUUCUGUUGAAGACUGUGGGUGGACCAAGAAGGAUGUUGCCUUCGAAUGCAAAAUUAACCUCCUGACUGGUCGUACUCAUCAGAUUCGUGCCCAGUUGGCUGCCUGUGGUGCACCAAUUGUGGGUGAUUCUGCGUACAUGCCUGCUGCAAUUGCAGAGAUGGCUAAUCCUGGUAUCAACCCAUUUGGCAAAUUUAAGAAAGUAUAUGCUAGUGAGGACGACAAGGCAGUUGCUAUAGCAGAGUGGGUUGCGCAGCAUGGGAAGGAGCCAACUUUAGCGAUCGGUCUUCAAGCGUGCCAAAUUUCAUGGGAUGAUGGGGAGCAUGUUUAUGAGGCUAGAGAUCCCUGGUGGCGACAAAGAUAGCUUCUCACUGCUACUUCUUAUUGCAUGCGAUAAGAUCAUGUUAUGGGCUACUAUGAAAGGCUCUGUCUCCGAAUCUCCAAGAGUGCAGUUUCCAAAUGGAGCAGAGCAGCGGGCAGGUGGAAAUUCACCCCAGCGGUAUGCCAAUGUUGCUUGGAUGUUAGGCUCAUUGAAGGUGACCCAAUACUUUACUCGGUCUCCAAAGUACUCAAAGCAAAUAUCUGCAAAAUAUCCAAAAUCCUCCCUACGAAAAGAAAAAGAACAAGCGGUUUCACUCUAGUUUCUGAAGAAAUUUCCUUUUAAAAAAUUUCCAUAUUCUUUUUCAUUGUUAUUCACGGAGCUUGAUGUACGUUAGAGUCACAUACUGUGAUUUUGGACUGAGCCAACCUCCGUAUCUAUCCUCGAGUUCUUGUGGUAUGUCAAAGUGAGUCAAUGUUACGAAGGGUUGUAUUCCUGUAACAUUAAAGAAGAAGAUUGUUAUUUGCAGAUGAUGAAGAUUAUCGUCAAUUGGUUUUCUGUGUGAUUGAUGUGAAGAAAGGAAGUGUACCCCUUUGAAGGAGACUGUUGAUGAGUCUGUUAUAGUAGUGUAUUCCUGCCAUGUUUACUUCUGCAAA